AUCUCACCCUCCAUCAUUACACCUCUCUAUUGUGCCAUUGCGUCUCAAUAUCAUUCCAGGUUCAUGGCAUCCCGCCCAGUCAUCGCCAUCGCCGGUCUGGCAUGCGAAACCUCCGCCUUCACCCCCGCACGCACCCUCGCGCCUGCCUUUCACCCCCGCCGAGAUCACGAAGUCAUCGAUGAGUACACCUUCCUGCACCCUGGCACCUCCCUCGGUGACGCAGCAGACUGGCGAGGCGCGUUGAUCGGUCACGCAUUGCCCGGUGGAAUCGUCGUCCGCGCCGCCUUCGAAGAACUAGCCGCGGAGAUCAUAUCCCGCCUAAGCCAGAUCGCCAACUCCACACCCAUUGACGGGCUAUGGUUCGACAUCCACGGUGCUAUGGUGGUGGAAGGGCUGCAUGAUGCGGAGUUCGAGCUGCUCACUCGCAUGCGCAAGGUGGUCGGCCCAGACUGCUUGGUUUCCGCGUCAAUGGAUCUCCACGGGAACGUGUCGCGAAAUUUGGUCCACCAGACCGAUCUGAUCACCUGCUAUCGCAUGGCGCCACAUGAAGACGAGACGGAGACAAAGGAGCGGGCGUGCCGAAACCUGGUGGAUCUGCUUCGUCGUGGCUGCCCCUCCCGGGCCGUGCGCCCGCUCAAGGCAUGGAUCCCCCUGCCAAUUCUGCUUCCCGGGGAGCAGACCUCCACCCGUGUGGAGCCGGCCAAGGGGCUGUAUGCGCUUGUGCCCCGGGUGGAGGAGACCGAGGGAGUGAUCGACGCCGCCGUCUGGGUGGGUUACGCGUGGGCGGACGAGCCGCGGAACCGCGCGGCGGUUGUGGUGACAGGGUGGGAUCAAGAGGCGGUGGCUGCGGGUGCUCAUCUGCUCGCCCAACGAUUCUGGUCCGCACAUGCCGAUUUCCACUUUGUCGGGCCCACUGGGUCGUUUGCCGAGUGCAUUGACCGCGCGUUGGCGUCCGAGGCGAGGCCUUUCUUCAUCUCGGACUCCGGGGACAAUCCUACCGCUGGCGGGUCGGGCGAUGUCACCUGGGGUCUGACUCGGCUGCUGGAGCGGUCGGAGUUUCAGGGCGCUGGUGGGCCGGUUGUGAUCUACGCCAGCUUGCCGGGGCCAGCUGCUGUCCGGACCAUGGUGGAUGCAGGGGUCGGCGCCACCGUAACGGUCACUGCGGGAGCCGAGGUGGAUGCUGUGCAUGCAGGACCGAUCACAAUGACCGGGCGCGUGCAUGCGAUCCGGCAUGGAGACAAGGAUGCUCUUGUUGAGGCUGUGUUGCAGGUGGGCUCUGUGUUUGCGAUCUUGACGCAGCUCCGCAAGCCAUAUCAUCAUGAACGUGAUUUCACUGACCUACAGUUGGCUCCUCGAGCUGCCAACCUGGUGAUUGUCAAAAUCGGAUACUUAGAGCCAGAGCUCUUUGAUAUGGCCGCCGAUUGGAUGCUAGCCUUGACACCAGGCGGUGUUGACCAAGAUCUCGUUCGUUUGGGCCAUCACCGCAUCCGUCGUCCGAUAUGGCCGUUCGACACUACUUUUCCUUCUCCUGAUCUUUGUGCCCGCGUAAUUCCUGCUUCCAAUGAUACACUUUCGGGACCGGAUGAGUAACUGAUGUGAAUCGCAGUGCGAUGAGUGUCCAUGAGCAGCAUGCACGAACAUGGCUCUUGCGAAGCUCUAGCAGAGCGGUUCGUGUAUAAAUCAGAGAGCUCUCGAGAUGGCUCUGCUCUUACUAGGCAUGAAGGGUCAUACUCCGGCGCUUUCUACAUAUGGAUAGUUGCAAGUGAUUCAUUACAUCAUAUUGACAUGGAACAAGGUAUCUCAGUAGUACAUUACACAACACAAACGACACAGACCACGACUUUACUCCUUUGC